UGAACGGAGGUGCUGAUCCUUCCUUAUCAACCCACUUUGGCCGGACGGCCCUGAGCUAUGCGGCACGUUCGGGUCACACCGACGUGAUGGACCUGCUUCUACGCGUUGCACCUUCAAGGCUCGACCAAGCGGACAACUACGGUGUGACACCGCUGUGUUGCGCGGUGCAGGGUGGCCACGAGAACUCUGUGUCCCGUUUGCUAUCCGCGGGGGCAACCAGUCUUCGUUUCGCUAUGGAAUUGGCAGUGCGGUUCGAUCAGGCGCGAAUCCUCAAAAUGUUGCUCACGGCGGUACAUGCGGGGGAGAGCGACGGGCCCGGGGUGGCAGAGGUUGUGAACAGCGGACCACUGCUUCGCUUGGCCGCUCUGCACGGCCAUCCCGGCGCGACGCACGUGCUGCUGGCGGCCGGGGCAGACGAAACGAGAGAGACCGACCGGGGGGAGCGUGCUCGCGACCUCAUCGGAAUUUUCGUGCCAGACUGCGAGAGAGAUCCGGAAAAAGAGGCUGCCAUCGGGCGCAUGCUGCAGCAGGGAGCAGUUUUCCGUUCUCGAUCGUUGGCCUGGCCGACCGAGCGGGCUGGUUCCACCACUUCAGCUUAA